GACCUCGCCUGGUGCAGCGGCCCGCCGUACUGUGACCGAGUACCGCACACGUGUGUGUCAGACUGUGCCGUGUUGUGCCAACACACUGAACACACUUCACAGAACACGAACUGAUCUGAUGCGGAAGUGAUGACGGAUCCACCCCGUGUAUCGAGCCUCACCCUUCUCCUGUGGCUCUGGCUGCCAUUACUGUUCGCUCUGUUCUGCUCUUCUGUCUCAGGGCGGAGGGCGCGCAACAUCGAGUCGAAUGGGAUUCCAGCGCCAGUAGAAGAAUUCAACAACGAGGCUCUGAUGCCAAGGUUUGCCGAGCCGAUACAGAAUGUAACUGUGACUGUGGGCAGAGACGCGCUGUUGGCUUGUGUGGUGGACAAUCUCCGUGGCUACAAGGAUUUGCGUGUCUCAUGGCAGGUGGCGUGGGUGAGGGUGGACACCCAGACAAUACUCUCGAUACACCACAACGUCAUCACGCAGAACCCUCGCAUCACCCUCUCCUACAACGACCACCGCUCCUGGUACCUUCACAUCAAGAAUGUGCAGGAGACAGACCGCGGCUGGUACAUGUGUCAGGUCAACACCGACCCCAUGCGCAUGCGCCAGGGCUACUUACAAGUUGUAGUUCCUCCCGCCAUUGUGGACAAGGAGACUAGCACGGACAUGGUGGUGCGGGAGGCGGCCAACGUCACUCUCACUUGCAAGGCAGUUGGUUACCCGGAGCCUUACGUCAUGUGGCGUCGAGAGGACGGAGAGGACAUCAACUACAACGGGGAACCUGUAAACGUUGUCGACGGAGAAGUGCUUCAUAUCACGAAAGUCAGCCGACUCCACAUGGGGGCAUACCUGUGCAUCGCAUCCAACGGUGUCCCUCCAUCGAUAAGCAAGAGGGUCAUGCUGAGAGUCCAAUUUCCACCCAUGCUGUCCAUCCCCAAUCAGCUGGAAGGCGCGUACGUUGGACAAGACGUACAACUGGAAUGUCACACUGAGGCCUAUCCGACCUCCAUCAACUACUGGACCACAGAGAGGGGCGACAUGAUUGUCUCAGACUUGCUGGUUGCAGGGGACAAGUACGAGGCUGUAUCCGUGGACAACGGCUACAACAAGUACAUGAUGCUGAAGAUCCGUGGCGUCAGCCGCCAGGACUUCGGCUCUUACCAGUGCGUUGCCAAGAACUCCCUCGGUGAGACUGACGGAGUCAUAAAACUCGAUGAAAUUCCUGCACCUUCAACGACGACUACCUCAACGGCUAUAACGCCAGUCGUGCCCAGUGUCAAGAAGAAAAUCAAAACAAACAAGAUGAAGGGGAAGCAAGGAAAGCAACGACUCUCAGAGAACCAAGUCCUGGGCGACUAUGACAGCAGCAGCAACGCCGAGUGGCACGCUCCUGGAGAUUACGGAGACGGUUUUUCAUCGAAGGGCCCACCGCUGGGGUUAGACAGCGGCACAACCCUCUCCUGGGGAUCGAGCAGCUUCCCUCUGCACAUCGUCCUCGGCGUGGGAGUCCUGCUCCUCAGGUGAUGGACCUGCCCCUAGACCACUGUUAGUGUGACACUGGACUCUAUAGUGUACACUGCUGUACAUACUGCGCAGGCUUGGUGGCGUCGUUUUGUGAUAUUUCGCUGAUAUUUUUAUAUUCAUUACAAUAAGUUAUCAUCUAUAGCAGAACUUGAGGGUCGAAGUGACAAAAUAUUAAUCAAAAUAGGCUAGCUGCUUUGUACCUAACUCUUGAGUUUAUUCAGGUUUGUGAAGUAGUUAAUGUAAAUAAAUAACAAAUGGUUAUGAUAGUAUAUUUUGUAAAACGAAGUGUAUAUUUUACAAUGUAGUUAAAAUGGGUGUGUUACUUCACCGAUGUUUUCAUAAACGUUUUUGUAAAUCAUUAUACUCAGUCGUAAAAGUGGUCAUUUAUCAGUAUGCACAACACAUAAUACAGAAUAUUUACCCGAAAUCGUUCAGGAGUACGUUUACAAACCGAAACAAUUAUUUAUAUACCGUCACUUACACUAUCCUGUACUAGAAUUUUAAAGGUAUUCUAUGCAUAAAAAUAUAUUGGUACUCACUUCGAAAAUUCAACUUAAAAACAUGAACAAUUUGGACCUAAAACCAUCAAUUCCUAUUACUAAUUUAAGUAAGUAAGUUACUUUUAAAGAUAAGCUAGAGUUAGCAUACGGGCUGACAAAAAACUGUUGCAAGCUAUACACUUUGACGAAAAAGAUGCUUAAAUCAAGAAAUAAUGUGUCCAUAACAUCGAUAACCCUUAUGCUAAUUUGUGAAUUAUAAUGUAAAUAUUUCAUAUUGUUAUAACUUUAAAUCUUAUAUUUUCAACUAAUAUGAUGUAUGUAAAGAUUUAUAUUACCAAAGAUAAACCUAUCAAGGUUCAAUACGGAAGUAUAUCCAUAUUUAUGUAGUAAGUUUGGUUUAUAGGUUUUUUUAGGGAUGUAGUGUGCAUUUUCCGAUUACAUUGGUUUCUCUUCAGUUAUUUUAGCUUACUUUUAGAAAAUAAAUUAUCUACCUACUAACCGUUAACUAUGAGGAGUACGUAUAUAAUUUUUUACUCAAUAGUUAAGUUUUUGACAGAGUUGUACACAGUAUAAGGUCAAGUUAUGUCAUGAUUAACUAGUUAUUGAUAAGACAAUGGUGUCUAUGUGACACUCACUAACUUGUGAAAUUGACUUUGUAUAUAGUGUUCAUUGUAAGGACUUGAAGCAGUACUAUACAUAUGUAUAUUACAUUCCCAUUUGUAAAAACCCUACAAAAUAUCCCAAUGGCAGUGAUCUAGGUUAUGUAUUAAUUAAUGUUAGACUCACAUAUAGUUGUGAUGGUAUUAUCUAUCAUACGGGAGACUGAUAUUAUUGGCUUUUGUCCUAAUCAAUAAAUUGCAAUAAACAUAA